AUGGAGGGCAAGGAACAUGGAACAGAAAUUGAAGAGAAGUGGGGAAUCAAGUCUAUUUUUUUGAAAGGGUUAGAAGUCUGUGAUAUUCCAUUGAUAGAAGAACGAUUUCACAGGGAAGAAAAAAGAUUUCAGUGCUUGGAGGGUGAGAAGCAAUUCAGUUGCAACUCACAACUUAAGCGACAACAAAUAAUUCAUACAGGGGAGAAGCCCUAUGAAUGCCUAGAGUGCAGAAAGAGCUUCAAUCACAGCAGCAACCUUAAUAAACAUCAAGGCACUCACACAGGGGAGAACCCCUAUGAAUGCCAGGAUUGCGAAAAGAGGUUCAGACUGAGUGGUCAUCUUAAGUCGCAUCGAAUAAUUCACACGGGCGAGAAGCCCUAUGAAUGCCUGGAGUGUCGAAAGAGCUUCAAUCACAGCAGCAACCUUAAUAAACAUCAAAGAAUUCACACGGGCGAGAAGCCCUAUGAAUGCCUGGAGUGUGGAAAGAGGUUCAGUUACAGCAGCACCCUUAAUCAACAUCAAAAAAUUCACACAGGAGAGAAGCCCUAUGAAUGCCUGGAGUGCGGAAAGAGAUUCAUUCAGAGCAGCAACCUUAAUAAACAUCAAAGAAUUCACACAGGGGACAAGCCCUAUGAAUGUCUGGAGUGUGGAAAGAGGUUCAGUCAGAGCAGCAACUUUAAUCAUCAUCAAAGAAUUCACACAGGGGAGAAGCCCUAUGAAUGCCUGGAGUGUGGAAAGAGGUUCAGUCGGAGUGGUCAUCUUAUGUCGCAUCGAAUAAUUCACGCGGGCAAGAAGCCCUAUGAAUGCCUGGAGUGUGGAAAGAGCUUCAAUCACAGCAGCAACCUUAAUAAACAUCAAAGAAUUCACACAGGCGAGAAGCCCUAUGAAUGCCUGGAGUGUGGAAAGAGGUUCAGUCAGAGUGGUCAUCUUAAGUCGCAUCGAAUAAUUCACGCGGGCGAGAAGCCCUAUGAAUGCCUAGAGUGUGGAAAGAGAUUCCGUCAGAGAAGCUACCUUAAUAAACAUCAAAGAAUUCACACAUUAGAGAAGCGCUAUGAAUGCCUGGAGUGCGGAAAGAGCUUUGCUCACAGCACACAGCUUGUGACAUCAAAGCACUCUCACAGGAGAGAAGCCCUAUGA